AUGGCUGUCAUACUAAACAAGAGAUACGUUACCUACUACGACAAUAGCUACAACGGCAGCUGGGUUUGGGGCCGUUGGCUGCUGUUCAUUGUGCUUGCUGUUGCUGUGGUGCUGUGGGUAUUUAUGAUUAACGUGAGAAGACGCAGGAACGGUGUAAGUCCCAUCAGAGGAACUGCUUGGCUGGCUCCGCCGUCUUACGGAGUGUCGCAGAACCAGUACAAUCUUCCAACAGACCAGAACCCGGUUCCAGAGUACUCUGCUACGGCCAAUGUCAACGACGCUGGCUAUUUUGACCAGAACGGUAAGUUCCACCGCACUCAUCCUGGACCAAACGACCCACAGCCACAGCAGGAAUACGGCAACGGCUCCCAGCCUUCCCAGCCUCCUCCUGCAGUGGUUAGAGACGACGACUACUAUUCAGAGGAUCAACCACGCCCGGAACAAGAUUUCCAGUCCCAGUUCCAGAGACCAAACGUACCGCCUCCAGCCGCAAAUGUGGUAACAGAUAUCACAGGCUCAACAACUACAACAACCACAGCACCAACAGAGUCGCCAUAUCAAAGACCAGCUGGACCACCACCUGCAAAGCAUGAGUGA